AUGCCUGCAUCUGCACCCCCAGGAAGUAGUUAGUCCAAGACUAUGAAUAGUUCACCCUAGAUAAUCAAGAAAUAAAAUAAUAUUGGAAAUGGAUACAAAGAUUAAAAAUGCUUCCAAUUUGCAAGUUAUGUUGAAAUUUAGGAAAGAAUAUAAAAAGAAACAAAGAAUCUAAGGUCAUCUCUAAAUAGUAUAGGCUCACCUCCAUCUAAUUUUUAUUCAUAAAGACUAUCUGUAUUUGAAAAAGUUGAGUAAGAGAUGAAAGCUGCACUUCCUUCUUUGAGAAAACACAAUCAUUUAGAAAGUUAGAGAAGGAUCUAAGAAGCUGAGUAUAAUAGAGCCUAAAAUAGGGCUGAGGCAUUUAUAAUUCAGGCAUAAAAACGUAAUCAUAGAUUACUCAACAGAAGAGGAAUUUCAAGAGAUUUAGUGAAUAUCAAUCCAGUUUUAUUGAAUAAACACCAAAUUUAGAACUAUGAUCAAGAGCUAAAAGAUGUUGUGACUCAAAACCUAAUGAUAUCUUAGCCCUAAAUUAAAAAAAGAUCAGAGGCAUUUAACUUCCGAAGAAACGGAAACGUUGAAGAGUAAGUAGCAGAUACUAGUAUCUUAAUAAGCCCUUAAAUUUAAUCUUUCAAAGACGAAUCGCAUCAUAUCCCUCAGAUAAAGAUACAUAUCAAACCUAAGUUAGAAAUAAGUAUAAUCGCUGACUCAUUCAAAUCAUUGCAUUCCUUGGACAAGGAUGAAUAUCAAAAGCGGAGAGAUACUUCUUCAUCAGGAUUUCAAACUCCUUUGGGACCUAAGCUGGCAAAUGCCUCUGAAAAAAUAUUAUCUAAGAUACCAAUAAGUUAUCAUCAUGAAUCAAGAUUGCUAUCUAAUGUUAGAGUUGGCAAUCAUAAUGCUUCAUUAAUAGAUGUAUUUAACGAUAGAAAGCAAUAAGUUUGUGUAAUUAAAGACUUAAGCGCUUGCAACCAAAAUUUCUUCAAUAAUUAAAGACCAAAGCCUAACAUCUUUUUCCAGGAAAGAAGAAGAUUUUCAUAAAUUUGA